AUGCUCAGUCCCAAAAGAACCAGAUUUCGUAAACAACAUAGAGGUAGAAUGAAGGGAAUAUCUUGCCGAGGCAAUCAUAUUUGUUUUGGCAGAUAUGCUCUUCAGGCACUUGAACCUGCUUGGAUCACAGCUAGACAAAUAGAAGCAGGGCGAAGAGCAAUGACACGAUAUGCACGUCGUGGUGGAAAGAUAUGGGUACGUAUCUUUCCCGACAAACCUGUUACUGUAAGACCUACAGAAACACGUAUGGGUUCGGGCAAGGGAUCCCCCGAAUAUUGGGUAUCCGUUGUUAAACCGGGCCGAAUACUUUAUGAAAUGAGUGGAGUAUCAGAAACUGUAGCCAAAACUGCUAUGGAAAUAGCUGCAUGCAAAAUGCCUAUACGAACUCAAUUUGUUAUUUCAGGAUAG